AAUUUUGAGCUUUAGCAAGAAAAAUUGAAGGCGGGAUUGUAGUUGGGUGUCGUAUAAUAUUUCAACAAGUUUGGUGAACAAGUUUCCCGCUCUAUGUUCUUCAACUCCCUCAUUUCCCCCCUUUUCCCUUGUUUUCCUUCCAUUUUCAUUUUUCAGAAUACACAGAUUGAAGAGAGAGAAAGUGAGAUAGAUUUUGAAGAGAGAUGUUUGGGAGGAUUAGAUCGUCGCCGUCACCGGUGGAAUUGUUGGAAUUAGAGCGUCUUCCUUCCAAGCUUCUCAAACACGAUUCUCUCUCCAUCUAUGAAUCGACGCUUGUGAAGCUCAAGCAAGGCUCUCAACGUAAUCUUGGCCCGACAGUUCAAGAUUCUAUGGAAAUUGAAUCAAAUUCGAUUGUUUCCGGGGAUUCUUCCAAGGUUUUAGGGUUGUGCGGCGAGCAAGAACGACUAACUGCCUGUAAUACUGAUAGUUCUUGUAUUGGUGUUUCUUCGAAUCGUAAUCAGGAACAGAAGAUAGGCAGAGAAAUCUCGAUACAUUGUCUGUUUUCCAAGUAUGCUACUUCUCGAAAAAAAGAAGGGGGAGCUGGUUGUAAUGGUGGUUCUUCGAGGAGUUUCUCCACUUGUUCGAGUGAUUCUGAAUCGACAGGUUGCUCAAGACUCUAAGCUAUACUCGACGACAGUGCGUGUUUGGGAAGGUGGCAGCGUUUUCUUUGCUGAUUAAUUACAGUAAGGGUGUACAAUCAUUGUAACAAUAUUUAUGUUAUUGUAAUGUUAAAUCGUGUUGAUUAAUCUGAUAAAUAUCGCCAAAUGUAUUGUCUGAUUGAAUUUUGGAUUUUCAGCAAUCAAAAGGGAUAAACUUCACAUAUUGUUACAAUUGUAAUGCAUGAUCAGUAAUGAAUCAUCAGCGUUUUAUUACAA